AUGGAUGGGCUAGAGCUUCUCAGUUCCGAGUACGAGUCCAAUAAGGAUGAUGAGGAGAAUGACACCUCACCAGAGACCUCACCACUCCACCUCACUCCUUCACAUCAGUCUUACAGGACACCCACAGGUACUCAGUUGAAGCAAACACUGAGGAAUGUUGUUACUACCCUCUCACGGAAGAGGGCGGCGUGCCCACCAGCAUCACCAAUGAUAGCAAAUAAAUCCCGCGAAUGCCAUUUGGAUUUCCCAAAUACAAACCUGAGCAUAGUAGGAGGCUAUUGGCUCACGGUUCGAGGUAGGGGAAUCAUCCACUGCACUCCUACCCCGAAUACUCAUGUGGAUAAUGUCAUCUCUCUUCUAGUGCCCUGCACUGCACAUCACUCACACCGUAUUGGAGCAAUGGACACUGAGUUCUUCUUAUUGAGGACAACCUUGAUGCAACUCACAGAGAGGGUGCAGUACUUGGAGGAUGAGACUGACCUGAUGGAGAUGAGGACCUUACGUGUAUAG